AUGGAUUCAAAUGCCUUGAAUGGUAGGAUGGCUAGGUGGCAAAAUUUACUUUCUGAAUUUGACAUAAUCUACGUGAGUAAAAAAGCUGUGAAGGGGAGCACAAAAGCAGAUUUUCUGGCCAGCCAAGGUUUAGAAGAUUAUGAACCCUUGAAUUUUGAUUUCCCCAAUGAGGAGAUAGUGUAUGUGGCAGCUACUGAAGAAGACAUUAUAAAAGGCCACUCUUGGAAAUUAAAUUUUGACGGAGCCUCAAACGCUGUGGGUAAUGGAGUUGGAGCAGUUCUGGUAUGCCCAGAAUAUGAAACAUGUAUCAUGGGGCUCAGAGCAGCUAUAGAGUGCAAGAUCAAGGCAAUGGAAGUAUAUGGAGAUUCUGCGCUGGUAAUUUACCAACUUCGAGGUGAAUGGGAGACAAGAGAUGCCAAACUAAUCAAUUACAGAAGGCUAGUGUUGGGGUUAGUUGAAGAGUUUGAUGAUAUUACUUUCAAUUAUCUCUCACGCGAUGAAAAUCAGAUGGCAGAUGCUUUGGCUACUUUGGCUUCCAUGAUUAAAGUAAGCAGACAAGAGGAUAUGAAGUUUAUUCAGAGUAUUUGUGAGGCCCCGUCUUAUUGUUAUAAUAUAGAGGAAGAAGAAAGAGAUGAUCAUCCUUGGUAUCAAGAUAUAUUGCGAUAUGUGAGAAAUGGUGAAUAUCCAGAUCAAGCCACGGAGAAUGAAAAAAGAACGUUGAAAAGGCUCACCUGUGAUUAUGUUUUAGAUGGGGAGAUCCUGUACAAAAGAAGGACAGAUUAG